AUGAGUAAUCGUAAUAGUCAAAGACAAAAGAGUCGUAAUGAUAAUUAUGAUAAAAAUAGAACAAAUUUAUUGGAUAACAAUGAUUUAAAUGAUUCUGGUAAUGAAUAUUACUCGAACGAAAAUGAACAAACAGUGAUUUCUAGAUCAAAUGAUCGUGUGUAUACUGAUUUAUCGAAUGUGAGGCCCAGUACCAUCAAUGGACACAACACAAUACUGGAUGGUCGUUAUCAACACUACAAUAAGGAUUUCCUUCGUAAUCAGCAGCAACAGUUUAUGCAGCAUCAAUAUAAUGAUUAUUAUAGUCACCAGCAAUUUUAUCAUCAACCCCAAGUCGAUUAUACAAAUCAGGGUAGAUCUAACCAUCUCCCACAAUCGGCUGUUCAAUCUAACCGUACCCAGGCAGUUAAGAUACCUAUUCUAACUGCCACACAAUCUUCGGUACGGACAGUGAAUCAUGGUUUGAUAAACAAUCCGAUUAAUGAUCAACAUGUAGCACGUUUUACUCAACAAAAUUCUAGUCCUAAUACACCUAAUAGUGCUUCAACGCCAAAAAGACAAAUUGAAAAUGAGCAAUAUAAGAGUAACUUAAAUAAACGUCCAAAGGCAACGUUAAACCGUCAGUACCUUAGUAAUAAUAACCAAUAUAGUGUACCAUUCUCACAUUUAAAACGUGCAGUUAGAAACAACCUUCCCUGCUUUAUUAUACAAUUUGAUUCAAAUAUUUCACCAAGCGAAUUACCUUCAAGUGUAAUAGCUAGUGGUUUAAUUCAUGGAAA